UUGAGGUUUAGUCGUUCCUUGAAAAUGGUGUCUAAAAGUGUUAUUCUCAUAGCAUUUUCUUUAAUUUCGUGCGCUCUUGUCGAGGCGCAACCAUCAUCUAGGGUAGUUGGUGGCAAGGAUGCUGACUAUGGACAAUUUCCCUAUCAGGUUGUGCUCUACAAAGAAGGUUUCUUCACAUGUGGUGGCUCUGUUAUAAGCUCUCGAUACGUUUUGACAGCUGCUCAUUGUGUUGUUUAUGGAGAUGGCAUUCAAACUCUUCCGCCAUUCUUUUUCACUGUUCGCGCGGGAACUAUCCAACGUGAGGCUGGUGGUAUGAAAGUGGGAGUGAAAAGAGUCAUAGUACGUCAGAGCUAUGCGAAACUCUUAGAUGACGUUGCCCUAUUGGAAUUAGAAAAGGAACUCAUUUUCAAUAAGAAUAUUCAAAAAAUUGAUUUAUACGAUACUGAAGUACCCAACGGUGCAGAAGUUGUUAUUUCUGGCUGGGGUCGUCUAUCAACUAAUGGGCAGGUUCCACUUCGGUUACAAUACAAUACUUUGACUAAAAUAGAUCCAGCAGAUUGCCAAAAAUCCAUCGGCUAUGGAAAGGAACAAAUUAUUUGUCUGGCACAUGAAACGAACAAUGGAGCUUGUAAUGGAGAUUCGGGAGGUCCAGCUAUGUACGAAGGCAAAUUGGUAGGUGUUGCUGGAUUUGUUGUUGACGGAUGUGGAAGUAAAUAUCCUGAUGGAUAUGCCAAAGUAAGCUAUCACCGUGAUUGGAUAUUGGAACAUAUAAAUUAAGUUAAAUUCCAAUUUUGUUAUCGCAUUUUAAAGUAAUGUAAUUACUAUUAAAAAUUUAUUAUUUGCAAACCCA